CAUGUAUGAGAAUGCUAAAGGACCCGAGUCACAUGACCCGCAGGUCCUUAAGCUUCACUGCACCAAGGAAGAUGACAGAGAAGUAAGCAAAUAUGAUGUCAUCUGACUAUUCAACACAACAGAUAUCUGACUCCCAACUGACUUUCAUUGGAACUCCAACUCCGAUUAUAAGAAGUGCUGUUUCAGCUCACAAUGGACAAGUUUGCAGCACUUGGGGCAAUUACUACUUCAAGACCUUUGACAAUGAUAUAUUCUAUUUCCCUGGAACGUGCAACUAUCUGUAUGCAUCAGAUUGCAAGAGCAACUAUGAAGACUUUAACAUUCAGAUAAGGCGGUCCAUUGUAAAUAACCUGCCAUCUAUCAGCCACAUCACCGUAAAGCUCGAUGGAGUUUACAUAGAAUUACAGAGUGGCACAAUAACAUUUAAUGGACAAUCGGUGGAAAUUCCCUACAGCUAUUCUGGAGUUCAGGUCGGCAGGUCCGGGAUGUAUAUUAAGAUUGUUGCACGUUUAGGUCUCCAGUUUAUGUGGAAUGAAGAUGAUGCUCUCUUGUUGGAACUGGAUCCAAAAUUCGCCAACCAGACAUGUGGUCUUUGUGGAGAUUUUAAUGGAAUUCCAAUUUAUAAUGAGUUCAUCACCAAUAAUGUACAAGUGUCUCCAAAUCAGUAUGGAAAUAUGCAGAAGCUAAACGGACCAAAGGAAAUGUGCCAAGAUGUCACAGAAAUUGCUUUGAGCAACUGCACAGACGCUAAUAAAAUAUGUGAGUUGGUCUUGACGGGCAGAGCCUUUUCACAAUGUAACACUUUGGUGGAUCCAGCUCAGUAUAUCAAUGCCUGCGUCCAAGACCUGUGUAGAUGUGGAAAAGAUGCCAUAGGCUUUUGCUUGUGCAACACCUUUACUGAGUAUUCUCGCCAAUGUACUCAUGCCGGUGGAAUUCCAGAAAACUGGAGAACUUCUCAACUUUGUCCAUUGUCCUGUUCCUACAACAUGGAGUACAAGGAAUGUGGAAGUGCCUGCCCUAAUACUUGCACCAAUCCUGACCGGUCAUUGGUUUGUGACAGUCAUUGUACAGAUGGAUGCUUCUGCCCAGCAGGGACUGUUUUUGAUGACAUCAACAACUCUGGAUGUGUUCCUGUACAGCAAUGUUCCUGUACUUACAAUGGGCAGGUUUACACCCCUGGCACUGGAUACUCAGCCCACUGUGGCACUUGCACUUGUUCAUCUGGUAAAUGGAGCUGUGUAGAUCAGGCUUGUCCAGGAUCCUGUGCUAUUGAGGGAGGAUCUCAUAUCACCUCCUUUGAUCUAACACGUUACACAUUCCAUGGAGACUGCAGCUAUGUCCUGUCAAAGACAUGUUAUAACACCACAUUCAGCGUGCUGGGAGAACUCCGCCGAUGUGGUUUGACAAGCACGGAGACCUGCCUGAAGAGUGUGACCCUUGUCUUAAAUGAUGGGAAAGAUUUGAUCUUUGUGAAACCUUGUGGCAGUAUAUAUGUGAAUUCACUCUACACCCAGGUGCCAGUCUCAUCAGCCAGUGUUACCAUCUUCAAGCCUUCCUCAUUCUUCAUCAUUGUGCAGACCACAUUUGGGUUACAAUUACAGAUCCAGCUGGUGCCCACUAUGCAGCUCUACAUUAAUUUGGAUCCAUCUUAUGCAAAUAAACUUUGUGGCCUUUGUGGAAACUUUAACAACAUACAGGCCGACGACUUCAAAGUUCUGAGUGGUGUCAUUGAAGGAACAGCCUCUUCUUUUGCCAACACUUGGAUGACUCAGGCUGACUGCCCCAUUGUUUCAAACAGCUUUGAGGAUCCUUGUGCCCUCAGCAUUGAAAAUGAACUGUACGCUAAACAUUGGUGCUCAAUGCUAACUGAUCCUGCAGGACCGUUUGCAGAAUGUAACUCUAAAGUUAAUCCAGAUGUUUACACCCAGAACUGUAUGUUUGAUUCAUGUAACUGUGCCAAGAGUGAGGAGUGCAUGUGUGCCGCGCUGUCCUCCUACGUGCACGCCUGUGCAUUGAAGGGAAUCAUUCUAAAGGGCUGGCGUCAAAGUGUCUGCAGUUCAUAUACAACCACUUGUCCUGCAUCCUUGACAUACAGUUAUUCAGUAAGCACCUGUCAACCCACUUGCCGAUCUCUCAGUAGCCAUGACAUUACUUGUGAUAUCGCCUUUGUCCCGGUUGAUGGAUGUAUUUGUCAGAAUGGAACCUACCUGGAUGACAGUGGUAGAUGUGUUCUUCCAUCUUCCUGUUCUUGCUACCACAAGGGUACAGCAGUGCCACCUGGAGAAGUAGUUCAUGACAAUGGUGCUAUAUGCACCUGCUCUUCUGGAAAAUUAGACUGCAUUGGAAAAGUAGACACAACAGUGUGUACUGCUCCUCAGGUAUACUUUGACUGUAGAAACAAGACAGCAAGCACUACGGGGGUAGAAUGUCAGAAAAGUUGUCAGACUUUAGACAUGCAGUGUUACAGCACACAGUGUAUAUCUGGCUGUGUUUGUCCUUAUGGACUUAUAUCUGAUGGAAAUGGAAGAUGUGUAACAGAAGAGGAGUGUCCAUGUAUACACAACAAUAAAGUCUACACUCCAGGCUCAAAUAUUAAAGUGCUCUGCAACACCUGUACUUGUGUAAACAGAAACUGGCAAUGCACUAGUGAGCAAUGUAUGGGAACCUGCACUGUAUAUGGCGAUGGUAACUACAUCACCUUUGACACCAAGAGAUACAGCUUUAGUGGAGACUGUGGAUACACAUUGGCUCAAGACUACUGUAGCAGUGACCCCUCCAAUGGAACAUUCCGUAUUAUCACUGAGAAUGUGCCAUGUGGAUCCACAGGUACUACCUGCUCCAAAUCCAUCAAGGUCUUCCUUGGCAAUUAUCAACUUAUAUUGAGCAAUGAGAAAUUUGAGGUUGUAAAGCUUGAUGUUGGAGUGUAUGUCCCAUACAAGGUGCGGCAGAUGGGCAUCUACAUGGUCAUUGAAGCCCUCAAUGGAUUGGUUUUAAUAUGGGAUACAAAGACCACCAUUUUUGUCAAGUUGGAACCAACUUUUCAGGGUGCAGUGUGCGGAUUGUGUGGUAACUAUGAUGGGAAUGCAGUAAAUGAUUUCACCACUAGAAGUCUGUCAGUGGUAGGAAGCGUGGUUGAGUUUGGAAACAGCUGGAAGCUAUCUCCAAGCUGCCUAGAUGCAGCUACACUCAAGGAUCCUUGUUCCCUGAACCCCUACAGGAAAUCCUGGGCACAAAGACAAUGUAGCAUCAUCACUAGCUCCACAUUUAGUUCAUGUCAUGCUCUGGUGGAUCCUGUGAAGUAUUAUGACGCUUGUGUCAGUGAUGCUUGCGCUUGUGACACUGGUGGAGAUUGUGAGUGCUUCUGUACUGCAGUGGCAUCAUAUGCCCAAGCUUGUAGUGAUGCUGGAAUUUGUACAAGCUGGAGAACCCCAACAUUGUGCCCACUGUUCUGUGAUUUCUACAACCAAGAAGGGCACUGUGAGUGGCACUACAAAGCCUGCGGUGCUCAUUGUAUGAAAACCUGCAGGAACCCAAAUGGAGUCUGUUACCACAAUCUUGCUGGCUUAGAAGGAUGUUAUCCUAGUUGUCCUACAGAAGCUCCGUACUACGAUGAAGAGACAAGGAAAUGUGUGCCGGCUUGUGACUGUUAUGAUGACUAUGACAACAAAUAUAUCAUAGGAUCUAUUAUGCCAUCUAAUGAUAAUACAACUUGCACAGUCUGCAACUGUACAACUGAAGGCAAAACAUGUUAUGAAAUCAAUGAUUGCUGCAUGUAUUCUGGAAAGAUGUUUAAAAAUACAGACACAAUCUACAACACUACUGAUGGCAUUGGAGGUUGCAUCACAGCCAUAUGUUACAAUGGAAAUAUCACAAGAAUAAAUGAGCCUUGUAGUACAACACCACCUACUACAACUUUCCAUUUCUCAACUACAUCACCAGUCACUACAGUCAGUUCUACUACCCCAACAGUUACCACCCUGAGUACCACCACAGUGACAACAGUGUGUGCAAAAUGCACGUGGUCACAGUGGUAUGAUGUUUCAUAUCCAGUGUAUCAUCCAGGCAAAACUGACACUGGGGACUUUGAAACCUUUGAUAACAUCAGAAAAGCUGGAUAUAGCGUAUGUGAAUCACCACUCAAUGUCAGAUGUCGUGCAAAAGCAUUUCCAGACAGUGAUCUUCAAGAAUUACGACAAAAUGUAACCUGCAGCAAGGAUAUUGGUUUAUUAUGCUAUAACUCGUAUAACUUCCCAGUUUGCUACAACUAUGAGAUAAGUAUCCAAUGCUGUGAUUCUUUAACAACAUGCGGUACCACAACUACACAAAGUCCAACAACCAGCCUUUCUACCUCAACUCCUGAAAUAUCUACACCACCACCAUCAGCUCCCCAGUGCACAAAAAUGCAAUGUAGAUACACCCAAUGGUUUGAUUUGCAUGCACCGACCUCAAAUAUUAAUGAUGGUGAUAAGGAAAGCCUGCAAGAAAUUAAGUCAAAAGGUUAUCAGGUUUGCAGCACUGAUGAAAUUGUAACAAACAUCCAGUGCGAGGCUAUAGUAUAUGGGGGAGCAAACAGUAAUGCAUCAAACCAAACAUAUCAAUGUGACCUUGAACAUGGUCUAAUAUGUAACAAUUCUAACCAAACUGGAUCGCAAAUUUGCUACAAUUACAGAGUUCAGUUUGAGUGUUGUUCAAGGUUUUGUGAAAAGACAACUCCAUACACAACCACUUCGACAAUAACAACUACUGGAACAGAGACAACAACUUCUCCCACCAGCACAGUCUCAACUACUCCAUCAACAUCCACUCCAUUAACAGUGACCGAAACAAAAACUCCUACUAGCUCUGUAUCAACAACUCAGACCGUAACAGAGACAUCUACAGGCACCAGUACUUUUUCAAGCACUUCAACAUCUACUCCAUAUACUGUGACUGAAACUAAAACUCCUACUAGCUCUGUGUCAACAACUCAGACUGUAACAGAGACAAGUACUCCCACCACUACUGUCUCAACUUCUUCAACAACUACUCCAUAUACUGUGACCGAAACUAAAACUCCUACAAGCUCUGUGUCAACAACUCAGACUGUAACAGAGACAACUACUCCAACCUCCACAGUCCCAACUUCUUCAACAACUACUCCAUAUACUGUGACCGAAACUGAAACUCCUACAAGCUCUGUGUCAACAACUCAGACUGUAACAGAGACAACUACUCCAACCUCCACUGUCCCAACUUCUUCAACAACUACUCCAUAUACUGUGACCGAAACUGAAACUCCUACUAGCUCUGUGUCAACAACUCAGACUGUAACAGAGACAACUACUCCCACCACCACUGUAUCAACGUCUUCAACAACUACUCCAUAUACUGUAACAGAAACUAAAACUCCUACUAGCUCUGUGUCAACAACUCAGACUGUAACAGAGACAACUACUCCAACCUCCACAGUCCCAACUUCUUCAACAACUACUCCAUAUACUGUGACCGAAACUGAAACUCCUACAAGCUCUGUGUCAACAACUCAGACUGUAACAGAGACAACUACUCCAACCUCCACUGUCUCAACUUCUUCAACAACUACUCCAUAUAAUGUGACUGAAACUAAAACUCCUACUAGCUCUGUGUCAACAACUCAGACUGUAACAGAGACAACUACUCCCACCACCACUGUAUCAACGUCUUCAACAACUACUCCAUAUACUGUAACAGAAACUAAAACUCCUACUAGCUCUGUGUCAACAACUCAGACUGUAACAGAGACAACUACUCCAACCUCCACUGUCUCAACUUCUUCAACAACUACUCCAUAUAAUGUGACUGAAACUAAAACUCCUACUAGCUCUGUGUCAACAACUCAGACUGUAACAGAGACAACUACUCCCACCACCACUGUCUCAACUUCUUCAACAACUACUCCAUAUACUGUGACCGAAAGUAAAACUCCUACAAGCUCUGUGUCAACAACUCAGACUGUAACAGAGACAACUACUCCCACCACCACUAUAUCAACCGCUUCAACAUCUACUCCAUAUACUGUAACCGAAACUAAAACUCCUACUAGCUCUGUGUCAACAACUCAGACUGUAACAGAGACAACUACUCCAACCUCCACUGUCCCAACUUCUUCAACAACUACUCCAUAUACUGUGACCGAAACUGAAACUCCUACUAGCUCUGUGUCAACAACUCAGACUGUAACAGAGACAACUACUCCCACCACCACUGUAUCAACGUCUUCAACAACUACUCUAUAUACUGCAACAGAAACUAAAUCUCCUACUAGCUCUGUGUCAACAACUCAGACUGUAACAGAGACAAUUACUCCAACAUCCACUGUCUCAACUUCUUUAACAAAUACUCCAUAUACUGUGACUGAAACUAAAACUCCUACUAGCUUUGUGUCAACAACUCAGACUGUAACAGAGACAACUUCUUCAACAACUACUCCAUAUACUGUGACCCAAACUGAAACUCCUACUAGCUCUGUGUCAACAACUCAGACUGUAACAGAGACAAGUACUCCCACCACCACUGUAUCAACGUCUUCAACAACUACUCCAUAUACUGUAACAGAAACUAAAACUCCUACUAGCUCUGUGUCAACAACUCAGACUGUAACAGAGACAACUACUCCAACCUCCACUGUCUCAACUUCUUCAACAACUACUCCAUAUACUGUAACCGAAACUAAAUCUCCUACUAGCUCUGUGACAACAACUCAGACUGUAACAGAGACAACUACUCCCACCACCACUGUAUCAACCGCUUCAACAUCUACUCCAUAUACUGUAACCGAAACUAAAACUCCUACUAGCUCUGUGUCAACAACUCAGACUGUAACAGAGACAACUACUCCCACCACCACAGUCUCAACUUCUUCAACAACUACUCCAUAUACGGUAACCGAAUCAAGAACUCCUACUAGCUCCGUGUCAACAACUCAGACUGUAACAGAGACAAGUACUCCCACCACCACUGUAUCAACGUCUUCAACAACUACUCCAUAUACUGUAACAGAAACUAAAACUCCUACUAGCUCUGUGUCAACAACUCAGACUGUAACAGAGACAACUACUCCAACCUCCACUGUCUCAACUUCUUCAACAACUACUCCAUAUACUGUAACCGAAACUAAAACUCCUACUAGCUCUGUGACAACAACUCAGACUGUAACAGAGACAACUACUCCCACCACCACUGUAUCAACCGCUUCAACAUCUACUCCAGAUACUGUAACCGAAACUAAAACUCCUACUAGCUCUGUGUCAACAACUCAGACUGUAACAGAGACAUCUACUCUCACCACUACUGUCUCAACCGCUUCAACAUCUACUCCAUAUACUGUAACCGAAACUAAAACUCCUACUAGCUCUGUGACAACAACUCAGACUGUAACAGAGACAACUACUCCCACCACCACUGUAUCAACCGCUUCAACAUCUACUCCAUAUACUGUAACCGAAACUAAAACUCCUACUAGCUCUGUGUCAACAACUCAGACUGUAACAGAGACAACUACUCCAACCUCCACUGUCUCAACUUCUUCAACAACUACUCCAUAUACUGUGACUGAAACUAAAACUCCUACUAGCUCUGUGUCAACAACUCAGACUGUAACAGAGACAACUACUCCCACCACCACUGUAUCAACGUCUUCAACAACUACUCCAUAUACUGUAACAGAAACUAAAACUCCUACUAGCUCUGUGUCAACAACUCAGACUGUAACAGAGACAACUACUCCAACCUCCACUGUCUCAACUUCUUCAACAACUACUCCAUAUACUGUAACCGAAACUAAAACUCCUACUAGCUCUGUGUCAACAACUCAGACUGUAACAGAGCCAACUACUCCCACCACCACUGUAUCAACCGCUUCAACACCUACUCCAUAUACUGUAACCGAAACUAAAACUCCUACUAGCUCCGUGUCAACAACUCAGACUGUAACAGAGACAAAUACUCCCACCACCACUGUAUCAACGUCUUCAACAACUACUCCAUAUACUGUAACAGAAACUAAAACUCCUACUAGCUCUGUGUCAACAACUCAGACUGUAACAGAGACAACUACUCCAACCUCCACUGUCUCAACUUCUUCAACAACUACUCCAUAUACUGUAACCGAAACUAAAACUCCUACUAGCUCUGUGACAACAACUCAGACUGUAACAGAGACAACUACUCCCACCACCACUGUAUCAACUGCUUCAACAUCUACUCCAUAUACUGUAACCGAAACUAAAACUCCUACUAGCUCUGUGUCAACAACUCAGACUGUAACAGAGACAUCUACUCUCACCACUACUGUCUCAACCGCUUCAACAUCUACUCCAUAUACUGUAACCGAAACUAAAACUCCUACUAGCUCUGUGUCAACAACUCAGACUGUAACAGAGACAACUACUCCCACCACCACUGUAUCAACGUCUUCAACAACUACUCCAUAUACUGUAACAGAAACUAAAACUCCUACUAGCUCUGUGUCAACAACUCAGACUGUAACAGAGACAACUACUCCAACCUCCACUGUCUCAACUUCUUCAACAACUACUCCAUAUACUGUAACCGAAACUAAAACUCCUACUAGCUCUGUGACAACAACUCAGACUGUAACAGAGACAACUACUCCCACCACCACUGUAUCAACCGCUUCAACAUCUACUCCAUAUACUGUAACCGAAACUAAAACUCCUACUAGCUCUGUGUCAACAACUCAGACUGUAACAGAGACAUCUACUCUCACCACUACUGUCUCAACCGCUUCAACAUCUACUCCAUAUACCGUAACCGAAACUAAAACUCCUACUAGCUCUGUGUCAACAACUCAGACUAUAACAGAGACAACUACUCCCACCACCACUGUAUCAACUUCUUCAACAACUACUCCAUAUACUGUUACAGAAACUAAAACUCCUACUAGCUCUGUGUCAACAACUCAGACUGUAACAGAGACAACUACUCCAACCUCCACUGUCUCAACUUCUUCAACAACUACUCCAUAUACUGUAACCGAAACUAAAUCUCCUACUAGCUCUGUGACAACAACUCAGACUGUAACAGAGACAACUACUCCCACCACCACUGUAUCAACCGCUUCAACAUCUACUCCAUAUACUGUAACCGAAACUAAAACUCCUACUAGCUCUGUGUCAACAACUCAGACUGUAACAGAGACAACUACUCCCACCACCACAGUCUCAACUUCUUCAACAACUACUCCAUAUACGGUAACCGAAUCAAGAACUCCUACUAGCUCCGUGUCAACAACUCAGACUGUAACAGAGACAAGUACUCCCACCACCACUGUAUCAACGUCUUCAACAACUACUCCAUAUACUGUAACAGAAACUAAAACUUCUACUAGCUCUGUGUCAACAACUCAGACUGUAACAGAGACAACUACUCCAACCUCCACUGUCUCAACUUCUUUAACAACUACUCCAUAUACUGUAACCGAAACUAAAACUCCUACUAGCUCUGUGACAACAACUCAGACUGUAACAGAGACAACUACUCCCACCACCACUGUAUCAACCGCUUCAACAUCUACUCCAUAUACUGUAACCGAAACUAAAACUCCUACUAGCUCUGUGACAACAACUCAGACUGUAACAGAGACAACUACUCCCACCACCACUGUAUCAACCGCUUCAACAUCUACUCCAUAUACUGUAACCGAAACUAAAACUCCUACUAGCUCUGUGUCAACAACUCAGACUGUAACAGAGACAACUACUCCAACCUCCACUGUCUCAACUUCUUCAACAACUACUCCAUAUACUGUGACUGAAACUAAAACUCCUACUAGCUCUGUGUCAACAACUCAGACUGUAACAGAGACAACUACUCCCACCACCACUGUAUCAACGUCUUCAACAACUACUCCAUAUACUGUAACAGAAACUAAAACUCCUACUAGCUCUGUGUCAACAACUCAGACUGUAACAGGGACAACUACUCCAACCUCCACUGUCUCAACUUCUUCAACAACUACUCCAUAUACUGUAACCGAAACUAAAACUCCUACUAGCUCUGUGACAACAACUCAGACUGUAACAGAGACAACUACUCCCACCACCACUGUAUCAACCGCUUCAACAUCUACUCCAUAUACUGUAACCGAAACUAAAACUCCUACUAGCUCCGUGUCAACAACUCAGACUGUAACAGAGACAACUACUCCCACCACCACUGUAUCAACGUCUUCAACAACUACUCCAUAUACUGUAACAGAAACUAAAACUCCUACUAGCUCCGUGUCAACAACUCAGACUGUAACAGAGACAACUACUCCCACCACCACUGUAUCAACGUCUUCAACAACUACUCCAUAUACUGUAACAGAAACUAAAACUCCUACUAGCUCUGUGUCAACAACUCAGACUGUAACAGAGACAACUACUCCAACCUCCACUGUCUCAACUUCUUCAACAACUACUCCAUAUACUGUAACCGAAACUAAAACUCCUACUAGCUCUGUGACAACAACUCAGACUGUAACAGAGACAACUACUCCCACCACCACUGUAUCAACUGCUUCAACAUCUACUCCAUAUACUGUAACCGAAACUAAAACUCCUACUAGCUUUGUGUCAACAACUCAGACUGUAACAGAGACAACUACUCCCACAACCACUGUCUCAACCAUUUCAACUUCACCUCCAUAUACAGUAACAGAAACUAAAACUCCUACUAGCUCUGUGUCAACAACUCAGACUGUAACAGAGACAACAACUCCCACCACUACUGUCUCAACUAGAUCAACAACUACUCCAUAUACUGUAACUGAAACUAAAACUCCUACAAGCUCUGUGUCAACAACUCAGACUGUCACAGAGACAACUACUCCCACCAUCGCAGUCUCAACUUCUUCAACAUCCACUCCUUAUACUGUAACCGAAACUAUAACUCCUACUAGUUCCGUGUCAACAACUCAGACUGUAACAGAGACAACUUCUUCCACCACCACUUUAUCAACUGCUUCAACAACUACUCCAUAUACUGCGACUGAAUCUAAAACUCCUACUAGCUCUUUGUCAACAAUUAAGACUGUAACAGAGACAACUACUCCCACCACCCCAAUCUCAACUUCUUCAACAACUACUCCGUAUACAGUAACCGAAACUAGAACUCCUACUAGCUCUGUGUCAACAACUCAGACUUUAACAGAGACAACUACUCCCACCACCACCGUAUCAACUACUACAUCAACAACUACUCCAUAUACAGUAACCGAAACUAGAACUCCUACUAGCUCUGUAUCAACAACUCAGACUGUAACAGAGACAACUACUCCCACCACCACCGUCUCCACUUCUUCAACAACUACUCCAUAUACAGUAACCGAAACUAGAACUUCUUCUAGCUCUGUGUCAACAACUCAGACUGUAACAGAGACAACUACUCCAACCACCACUGUCUCGACCACUUCAACUUCUACUCCAUAUACUGUGACCGAAACUAAAACUCCUACUAGCUCUGUGUCAACAACUCAGACUGUAACAGAGACAACCACUUCAACUUCUACUCCAUAUACUGUGACCGAAACUCCUACUAGCUCUGUGUCAACAACUCAGACUAUAACAGAGACAACUACUCCCACCCCAACUUUCUCAACAACUACUCAAUAUACUGUGACUGAAACUAAAACUCCUACUAGCUCUGUGUCAACAACUCAUACUGUAACAGAGACAACUACUCCCACAAGCACUGUCUCAACUACUUCAACUACUCCAUUUACAGUGACCGAAACUGAAAUUCCUACAAGCUCUGUUUCAACAACUCAGACUGUAACAGAGACAACUACUCCCUCCACCACUGUUUCAACCUCUCCAACUUCUACUCCAUACACUGUGACAGAAACUAAAACUCCUACUAGCUCUGUGUCAACAACUCAGACUGUAACAGAGACAACUACUCCAACCUCCACUGUCUCAACUUCUUCAACAACUACUCCUUAUACUUUGACCGAAACUAAAACUCCUACUAGCUCUGUGUCAACAACUCAGACUGUAACAGAGACAACUACUCCCACCACCACUGUUUCAACUACUACAUCAACAACUACUCCAUAUACUGUGACCGAAACUAAAACACCUCCUAGCUCUUUGUCAACAACUCAGACAGUAACAGCGACAACCACUCCCACAAGCACUGUCUCAACUACUUCAACAAGUACUCCAUAUACUGUGACCGAAACUAAAACUCCUACUAGCUUUGUGUCAACAACUCAGACUAUAACAGAGACAAUUACUCCCACAACCACUGUCUUAACUUCUUCAACAACUACUCCAUAUACUGUAACUGAAACAAAAACUCCCACUAGCUCUGUGUCAACAACUCAGACUGUAACAGAGACAACUACUUCAACAUCUACUCCAUAUACUGUAACAGAAACUAAAACUCCUACCAGCUCUGUGUCAACAACUCAGACUGUAACAGAGACAAUUACUCCCACAACCACUGUCUUAACUUCUUCAACAACAACUCCAUAUACUGUAACUGAAACAAAAACUCCCACUAGCUCUGUGUCAACAACUCAGACUGUAACAGAGACAACUACUUCAACAUCUACUCCAUAUACUGUAACCGAAACUAAAACUCCUACUAGCUCUGUGUCAACAACUCAGACUGUAACAGAGACAACUACUCCAACCUCCACUGUCUCAACUUCUUCAACAACUACUCCUUAUACUGUGACCGAAACUAAAACUCCUACUAGCUCCGUGUCAACAACUCAGACUGUAACGGAGACAGGUACUCCCACCACCACUGGCUCAACUACUUCAACAAGUACUCCAUAUACUGUGACUGAAACUAAAACUCCUACUAGCUCUGUGUCAACAACUCAGACUGUAACAGAGACAACUACUUCAACAUCUACUCCAUAUACUGUAACAGAAACUAAAACUCCUACUAGCUCUGUGUCAACAACUCAGACUGUAACAGAGACAACUACUCCAACCUCCACUGUCUCAACUUCUUCAACCACUACUCCUUAUACUGUGACUGAAACUAAAACUCCUUCUAGCUCCGUGUCAACCACUCAGACUGUAACGGAGACAGGUACUCCCACCACCACUGGCUCAACUACUUCAACAAGUACUCCAUAUACUGUGACCGAAACUAAAACUCCUACUAGCUCUGUGUCAACAACUCAGACUGUAACAGAGACAACUACUACAUCAACAUCUACUCCAUAUACUGUAACUGAAACUAAAACUCCCACUAGCUCUGUGUCAACAUCUCAGACUGUAACAGAGGCAACUACUCCAUUCUCCACUGUCUCAACUUCUUCAACAACUACUCCUUAUACUGUGACCGAAACUAAAACUCCUACUAGCUCUGUGUCAACAACUCAGACUGUAACGGAGACAAUUUCUCCCACCACCACUGGCUCAACUACUUCAACAAGUACUCUAUAUACUGUGACCGAAACUGAAACUCCUACUAGCUCUGUGUCAACAACUCAGACUGUAACAGAGGCAACUACUCCAUCCUCCACUGUCUCAACUUCUUCAACAACUACUCCUUAUACUGUGACCGAAACUAAAACUCCUACUAGCUCCGUGUCAACAACUCAGACUGUAACGGAGACAACUACUCCCACCACCACUGGCUCAACUACUUCAACAAGUACUCUAUAUACUGUGACCGAAACUAAAACUCCUACUAGCUCUGUGUCAACAACUCAGACUGUAACAGAGACAACUUCUACAUCAACAUCUACUCCAUAUACUGUAACAGAAACUAAAACUCCUACUAGCUCUGUGUCAACAACUCAGACUGUAACAGAGACAACUACUUCAACAUCUACUCCAUAUACUGUAACCGAAAUUAAAACUCCUACUAGCUCUGUGUCAACAACUCAGACUGUAACAGAGACAACUACUCCCACCACCAUUGUCUCAACUACUUCAACAACUCCACAUACUGUGACCGAAACUAAAACUCCCACUAGCUCUGUAUCAACAACCCAGACACUAACAGAGACAACUACUCCCAUCACCACUUUCUCAACAUCUUCAACCAGUACUCCAUUUACUGUGACCGAAAGUGAAACUCCUACUAGCUCUGUUUCAACAACUCAGACUAUAACAGAGACAACUACUCCCACCACCACUGUCUCAACUACUUCAACAACUACUCCUUACACUGUGACUGAAACUAAAACUCCUACUAGCUCUGUGUCAACAACUCAGACUGCAACAGAGACAACUACUUCAACAUCUACUCAAUAUACUGUAACAGAAACUAAAACUCCUACUAGCUCGGUAUCAACAACUCAGACUGUAACAGAGACAACUACUUCAACAUCUACUCCAUAUACUGUAACCGAAACUAAAACUCCUACUAGCUCUGCGUCAACAACUCAGACUGUAACAGAGACAAAUACUCCAACCUCCACUGUCUCAACUUCUUCAACAACUACUCCUUAUACUGUGACCGAAACUAAAACUCCUACUAGCUCCGUGUCAACAACUCAGACUGUAACAGAGACAACUACUACAUCAACAUCUACUCCAUUUACUGUAACAGAAACUAAAACUCCUACUAGCUCGGUAUCAACAACUCAGACUGUAACAGAGACAACUACUUCAACAUCUACUCCAUAUACUGUAACCGAAACUAAAACUCCUACUAGCUCUGUUUCAACAACUCAGACUGUCACAGAGACAACUACUCCCACCACCAUUGUCUCAACUACUUUAACAACUCCAUAUACUGUGACCGAAACUAAAACUCCCACUAGCUCUGUAUCAACAACCCAGACACUAACAGAGACAACUACUCCCACCACCACUGUCUCAACUACUUCAACAAGUACUCCAUUUACUCUGACCGAAACUGAAACUCCUACAAGCUCUGUUUCAACAACUCAGACUAUAACAGAGACAACUACUCCCACCACCACUGUCUCAACUACUUCAACAACUACUCCUUAUACUGUGACUGAAACUAAAACUCCUACUAGCUCGGUAUCAACAACUCAGACUGUAACAGAGACAACUACUCCAACCUCCACUGUCUCACUUUCUUCAACAACUACUCCUUAUACUGUGACUGAAACUAGAACUCCUACUAGCUCUGUGUCAACAACUCAGACUGUAACAGAGACAACUACUUCAACAUCUACUCCAUAUACCGUAACCGAAACUAAAACUCCUACUAGCUCUGUGUCAACAACUCAGACUGUAACAGAGACAACUUCUUCAACAUCUACUCCAUAUACUGUAACAGAAACUAAAACUCCUACUAGCUCGGUAUCAACAACUCAGACUGUAACAGAGACAACUACUCCAACCUCCACUGUCUCAACUUCUUCAACAACUACUCCUUAUACUGUGACUGAAACUAGAACUCCUACUAGCUCUGUGUCAACAACUCAGACUGUAACAGAGACAACUACUUCAACAUCUACUCCAUAUACCGUAACCGAAACUAAAACUCCUACUAGCUCUGUGUCAACAACUCAGACUGUAACAGAGACAACUACUCCAACCUCCACUGUCUCAACUUUUUCAACAACUACUCCUUAUACUUUGACCGAAACUAAAACUCCUACUAGCUCCGUGUCAACAACUCAGACUGUGACGGAGAAAAGUACUCCCACCACCACUGGCUCAACUACUUCAACAAGUACUCCAUAUACUGUGACUGAAACUAAAACUCCUACUAGCUCGGUAUCAACAACUCAGACUGUAACAGAGACAACUACUUCAACAUCUACUCCAUAUACUGUAACCGAAACUAAAACUCCUACUAGCUCUAUGUCAACCACUCAGACUGUAACAGAGACAACUACUCCCACCACCACUGUCUCAACUACUACAUCAACAUCUACUCCAUAUACUGUGACCGAAAAAACUUCUACCGACACUGCUAUUACUACUUCUGCUACUAUAACAUCUACUUAUACUGUUACUGUUACAUCAACAUCUGGAACUACAGUAUCAAUAACUCCUACUAAAACAAUUUUAACAUCUUCUACAUCAGCGACUACAAGCAGCACAACACUGACAACAACCGUUUCUCCACCAACUGAAACCACAACACCUUCAUCUUCAACUUUAUCAGAAACUUCCACAACCAGCACUACAUCCUGUUUCUGUAAAGUGAACGAUCAGCUAUUCACUCCUGGUCAAAUUAUCUAUAGAACUGAGGAUGCUGAUGGAUGUGAAUAUUACGCCCUCUGCAAUGCUGCAUGUGUCACAGAAAGAUAUGCUGGACCUUGUUCAACACCUUAUAGCCCAACAACAUCUUCCAAUACCACAACGACUACACCUAUCUCAGAAACCACUUCAACAACCCCAGCAACCACAACAACUUCUGGAUCCACUCCGUUUACAUUGUCUUCAACAACAGGAACAUCUCCAACACCAUCAUCACCAAUAACUGUAAACCUUACAACCCUGGUUUCCACUGAAACGACAACAACUGGAACUACUCUGUCAACAAUUGUGUCUACUUCAAUCCCAUCAACAACUUUAAAUAUUUCCAGCACCACACCAUGUGGAAUAUGUGAGUGCCAAAUGCCCAAAUGUGAGCCAGGUUUUAAAGUGGCUACCUUUACCCCACCAGGUGCCUGCUGUCCAAACAUCACUUGCGUCCCUGAAUCUGUUUGCGUGGUAGGAAAUGAUGUGUAUCAGCGUGGCUCAGUUAUUCCACAACCGAAAGGUUCCUGCCAGAGAUGCAGAUGUUCUUACAACAUGGACAGCAAUUCCCAGUUUUAUGCUGUUAAUUGUGAGCCAAUCGUAUGUCAGACAACUUGUCAGAGUGGAUACAUGUAUAAGGCAAGAGAUGGAGAAUGCUGUGGAGAAUGUGUUCCACUACAGUGCACUAUGACCAUAAGCAGUAGCAGUCAAGGAUCAACAAGUGGCUCCACAGACAGUUCAACGGGUGGCUCAACAAGUGGAUCAUCAGGUGGCUCAACAAGUGGUUCAUCCGGUGGCUCAACAAGUGGUUCAUCGGGUGGAUCACCAAGUGGUUCAUCUGGUGGCUCAACAAGUGGCUCAUCUGGUGGCUCAACAAGUGGUUCAUCAGGUGGAUCACCAAGUGAGUUAACAAGUGACUCAACACCCAGUCCAAAUGGUUCUACAAGUGGAUUUGAAGUUAAUUCACAAAGUACCUCAACAUCCAGUCCAAGUAGUUCAGCAAGUGGCUCUGAAAAUGGAUCACCAAGUAAUUCAUCAAGUGGCUCAGCAUCCAGUCCAAGUAACAUAUCAAGUGGAUCACCAAGUAAUUCAUCAAGUGGCUCAUCAAGUGGAUCAACAAGUGGCUCAUCAAGUGGAUCACCAAGUAAUUCAUCAAGUGGCUCAUCAAAUGGAUCAACUAAUGGCUCAUCAAGUGGAUCAACUGGUGGCUCAUCAAGUGGAUCAACUAGUGGCUCAUCAAGUGGAUCAACUGGUGGUUCAAGCAGCAACACAUCAGGAAGCUCAACUAGCACUCCACCUGAGAGCACCAUUACCAUUCCAGUUGGAACUAUUUAUCAUGUGCCGAACAACACCUGUGUCUACUACGAAUGCAAUGAGGAAAAUGGAGUGCCUGUAUUGACCAAAGUUCAGAAAGUCUGCCAGACACUGGAUCUAACUACUUGUGAACCGGGUACUGUUACAUUUGAAGCUGAUGGAUGUUGUCAAACAUGUACUCCCAAGCAAGUUAAAGUAGUAAACGUAACCACUGUAGUAGACAAUUGCAAAGCUCAAAAGAAUGAGACAGUCUUGAAGGAUGAAGACUGCGAACUGCUUGUGGAACUUACAUACUGCGGAGGGCCAUGCAUGGGAUCUUCUGUGUAUUCCAUGGGACUACAAGCAAUGAAUCAUAAAUGUACAUGCUGCUCAGAGGUGGAAGCACAGAAAAAGACUGUCCAACUGUUGUGCAAAGAUGGCACAUACAAGAGCUAUACCUACAUCGACGCGAUCAGCUGUGGUUGUGUUGGAGCAUUCUGCCAGCCAUCUGUGUAAUAAGGAAGAAUGUACUAUAAGCCAACAGAAAAGCUAAUACAAAGUCACAUACUCAACUGUCUAAAUGUAUAAUUGUGGACUUCGCUAAGUAUUUAUGUUGUAGUCCAUGUCAGCUAAUUAUAAAUAGUAAUUUUAGUCUCAGACUUGACUUUAGAAUAGCGUUUAGUCAUUAGAGGGAGAAUCACUGGGCACAACACGAACACAACUGUAUCAACAGUAUGGUACACUCAUUUCAGGCAUAGUGUCCCAAAGCCCCGGACUCUUGCUGAUACUGUGCAAACAAUUUUUCACUGGCAUGUUAAUGCAGAUGAAUAUUUAGUGAAUGUUGCCACAUUUUGUAAUUUUUUUAAUUGUUAUUAUAGAGAGUAAUAAACUUCAGAGUGA